AUGGCCAGCACAACUGUCAUCAACGCCAACGCGACGUCAAAGGUUCAACCCUCCACGGCGCCGCCAAUUGAGCCUUUGAAGAACGAUAGUGCGCGACUUUACACGCAUAUACACCCGAUACUUGUUCUCUCGGUCUAUGCCUUCAAGUUUCCCGCCUUGGUCGCGGACCCGGUGCCGACGCUUCUUUCCACUCUGGCGCCGCUCGCCGUGCUGCAAAUCGCCUUUGUAGCAGUAUGCCUUCCGCCAACAGGAGGCACGCCUUCCUUAAAGAACAAGAAGCCUGGUGAGAAGAAGGGGAAGGCACCGGGCAAGCUGGAGCAGGGGCUCAACUCGAAGAUCGUCCCGGCAUUCUUAUCCCUCCUUCUGACUACGCUCGCCGCAACACCGCUCCUCACCGCGACCCUCGUUCUCUUCGGCGCGCCUGCCACCACGCAUCACAUGCACACCCUCCUCGCUGGAGCCCACAUCGCGCUACUCAGCACAUUGCCUUUGGUAUACGUACACGGUGUAGACGGCGAGACUUGGAGGCAAAUCAUUGCGCUACUUUUGCCGAUGGAUGAAGUCUACGGAGGACUGAUUGGUACCGUGCUCGGUGCAUGGCUGGGCGCUGUACCCAUCCCUUUGGAUUGGGACCGCGAAUGGCAGAAGUGGCCCGUUACCAUCGUUACUGGCGCUUACAUUGGAUACGCAGUUGGCAAACUGCUCGGUGGCACACUGUUGAAGGGCAAGAAGAUCAUGUUUGACUAG